UUUGGAUUACCGUCCAUGCACGCACACCAUGACUACACAUGCGGGUUUCUCCAAAAAAGUCCACCACCACCAAACAGCGCAACGCCGUUCAGUGGCCAUCUCACGCGGGUCUUCCUCGUGCUGAUCACAUCACGCAUCGACAUCUACCAACAGGACCCGCGGCCGACAUUCAAAACAGCCAUCCACAGCUCCUUCCCAUUCGACCGCAAGACAAAGGUCCUUGACUGCUGCGACGUUUACUCUGGUUUGCCGCCGUACACGUUCUCCGUCACGACGAAUGGGAACACAAUUCUCUUGACUGCUGAGACGUACGACGACAUGCUGUCGUGGCUCGAUGCGAUUCGCGAUUGCUUGGAACAUCAGGCGCAUAUCCUACGUGGUGUGCUGUGGAAGAAGUCGGCGCGGCGGCCACAGCAACCGUGGACACAGCGCGAUGUCGAGCUUGGCCAUGUUUCUCUUACCUACGUAUCGACGCGUCUGCACAAACGCGUGCGGAACCACGUCAAGCUCACGAGCCGGUCCUUAGUCGUCGACAUGGAGGCGACCCGCGGGCAUGCGCACGUGUUUGGGAUCUCGUCCGGCGAAAGCACCAUCACGUUCGGCGCGCCGUCGGCAGAAAUUAAGGACAAGUGGCUCAAAGAGAUUGAGAUUCGCAUUGCCAAGCAGCGCAUCCAACGGCGGGUGUUUGAAAAGCCAACCGACUUUGCUGGGUUUGUCGACGUGCGGAAAGCGUCCAAGUCCAAGUGGCGGCGGCGCUUUGUCGAGCUCGAGCGCGGGGCGCUGGCCUUCAAAACAGACCAACGGAAGGUUGGCAUGUCGACGCGCGUCCCGCUCGAGCUCAUCACAGCAAUCAUCGCGACCCCGCCCGUCGACGAGAGUGGGCGAUCGCUAGCGUUUGCCAUUGAGCGGUUCGGAGCCGUCACGCUGUAUUUGGCCGCAUUCAGUGCGUCGGAGAAGCAAACUUGGUUGACCAAGCUCGACAUGGCACGGCGCGACCACCUCCAACACGAACAUCUCCCGAACGCUCCCGCAACGUAUUUGUUCCCGGAAGCGAUGCGAGCAUUGCUGGCGCACACGGGCUACCGAUCGGUGGACGUCGCCGACCACGAGGACCUUGACAUGACGAUCGAACAGCACCAGCGACGCAUCUUUGUCGUCGUCCCGACGGCAUGCGAGGAAGCAGCCACACAUGUCCCGCAAGCCAGCGUCCUCGUCAAGGUCAAAGAUGCGGCAGGAACGCACACGGACUUUGAUGCGAUGUGGCAUCUACUCCGCGUGCACGCGCGGCCUCUUCGGUUGACGUUUCGCCUUCCCAUCUCGAAGGAUGGCCUGCUUCGUGUCAAGACCGAAGUGCCUGUGCCACAAUGGGUACCGAGGCAUUGCGUCAUUGCCGACGGAACACUGAGCUGGUACUCGAUCCAGAAACCGGCCGACACGGACGAUAAAGACACAUUCGCUCCUCCGAUCCAUGUGAUCCGUCUUCGAGACUGCGCCGUGACACUGUUGAGAGACAUUGACGUGGACUACGGCGACAUGCCCAACUGCUUUGUCCUGUCCUGCACAAACGUUGCUUCUCCGCCUAGACCAACCAACGCGCCAACGUCGUCGCCCGGCCCCAACGGAGGCCAUCGCCAGUCCCCCCAACACUCGCCGCCGUUCUCUCGUGUGCUCUUUUCCGCGUCGUCGGCGAAAGAGUGUGUCCUUUGGAUAUCCCUUCUCCAAGUCGAAAUAUGCACGUUCCGUGGGGAGAUGGCGUUUGGACCGAGACCGCCACCCAUCGCCGAACGCCGGCGCAAUAACCUCGUCAAACAGGUCAAAGUCAUCGCGGACAAGGUGUACGCGAAGACCAAGGCCGACGAUGCUGUCCCCGACGACCCGGCACCGCCACCACUCGAGUCUCCCGGGCCGGCCGCUUUGUCCAUCAAACGACACCAGAUCAACGGGAUGGAUGUCGAAGACCAUGGCAACGAUCCCGAUGCCACCGUCGACGAUGAUGACGACGACGACGAGUUUCUCACUGUCUCGGAACGCCUGCACCGGCACCUGGUCGAGCGGCCGGCGCGCUACCUCCGGACCACCACGCAAGAUGUCGUCCAGCGCGCGUCAACCUACGCAGCACAGCACCGGCAAUCGAUGGAAGCGAUGCCGUUGUACCGUCGGUUGAGUGAAGCCAAGGCGAAAAUAGAGCUCGAGUUGGCCCCGGCCAAGGAGGAAGCGGAAAAAGUCGCGAAAAAGAUCUCGGAAGCAGUACAUGAAACGCUGGCCGACGUCCAGCACCGCAUUAUGAUCCCAGACCCCGAGACGAGCGACUACUUUAACGGGAGCAAGCGGUACUUGGACGCGGUGAUCCUAGGCACGGUCGUACGCCAGAUCGAACACGUUGCGCGAAAGAAAGCGCUGCGAUUCAUCGAAACAGAGGGAAUCGUCCAGGGGUUGCGGCGGGCGACCGUCGCCAACAACAGCACCGUCACGGCCGAGGCAGACCAUCGCUUCAAGCACUUGGUUGCCGCCGCCGCGGCACAGGCCGCAAUCCUAACCGAGCAAGCUGCGCGUCAGUUCUUCAUCGAAGUGUCAGGUGGCGCGCCAAAGACAAGCCACGAAGGUCUCUCCCGCCUGUUGAGGCACUUGGCAGGAAGCGCUCGUGCCGAUGCGAGCCUAGCGGCUUUUGACGUCGCCAUCGACGACCUCGAGGCCAAGAACCGACUGACGUAUGCGAUAUCGGUCGACGAAUUUGUUGCCGUCGCAACAUCGACCAUUUGCGAUCGGCAAACAAUUGACGGCAUGGCUCGAUAUGCCCAAGGAGUUGUCAUGCAAAUCUAA